AUAAUUUAUACUUCCGGUACACAUGUUUUAUACCGGUACAAACUGAUGCAACAUUUGUGAAAGUAUUCCUCGGUUAUCUAGCCUUGCGAUGGUCCAUUCCUCUUAAAUUUCUCAAAAUUAGCAGUGAGAUAUACCUGAAAUGGCACAGCCUGUACCUUCCACAAAUAUAAGUUUUCCAGAUGAGGAGGAGAAGGUCCUUAAGUACUGGAAAGAAAUUGAUGCCUUCCGUACAUCAUUAAAACAGUCUAAAGGGAAACCCAGGUACACAUUUUAUGAUGGACCACCAUUCGCUACUGGACUGCCUCAUUAUGGACACAUCUUAGCAGGAACCAUAAAAGACGUAGUCACCCGCUGGGCCCACCAGACAGGCUACCAUGUGGAGAGAAGGUUUGGAUGGGAUUGUCAUGGUCUCCCAGUGGAGUAUGAGAUUGACAAAACAUUAGGGAUCAAAGGGCCAGAAGAUGUGGAGAAGAUGGGGAUAGCAGCUUACAAUGCAGAGUGUCGCAAAAUUGUCAUGAGAUACUCAACUGAGUGGGAGGAGAUUGUGACCCGCCUUGGACGCUGGAUUGACUUUGAGAAUGACUACAAAACCAUGUAUCCCACUUUCAUGGAGAGUAUCUGGUGGGUGUUCAAGGAGCUGUACAAUAGUGGACUAGUUUACAAAGGGUCAAAGGUCAUGCCCUUUUCCACGGCCUGUAACACCCCCCUGUCAAACUUUGAGUCGGGACAGAAUUACAAGGAUGUGGUGGAUCCAGCAGUCAUUGUGAACUUUCCCCUACUUGAUGAACCUGGUGUAGCAGUCAUUGCCUGGACGACAACGCCUUGGACAUUGCCUAGCAACUUGGCUGUGUGUGUGAAUCCAGAGAUGAUUUAUGUAAAAGUCAAAGAUAAAGCCACAGGAAAGGUGUACAUAAUGAUGGAAGCUAGACUUGAAGCUUUGUUCAAGAAAGAAGAUGAAUACACAGUUUUAGAAAAAUUUCAAGGAAAGAAGCUGGAAGGCAGAAAAUAUGAACCAAUUUUUCCAUAUUUCAAAUAUAUGAGAGAGAAGACUGACGCCUUUAGAGUCUUGAUGGAUGACUAUGUAACCGCUGAGAGUGGUACAGGGGUUGUUCACCAGUCACCAUACUUUGGAGAGGACGAUUAUCGAGUGUGUUUGAGGUAUGGUGUCAUCACCCGAGACAUGAAAAUCAUAUGCCCUGUUGAUGCCUCAGGAAAGUUCACUGAAGAGGUCACAGACUUCAAAGGUCAAUAUGUCAAGGAUGCAGACAAAGCAAUCGUGAAAAACCUGAAACAGAGGGAUCGUCUCGUUCAUCAGUCCACAUUUAAGCAUAGCUACCCAUUCUGUUGGAGGUCAGAGACACCAUUGAUCUACAAGGCUGUGCCCAGCUGGUUUGUGAGAGUGGAACAAGCAACAACACAACUUCUAGAGAACAACCAAAAAAUAUACUGGGUGCCAGACUUUGUGAAGGAGAAGAGGUUCGCUAACUGGCUGCGGGAGGCGCGUGAUUGGGCGAUAUCACGUAACAGGUACUGGGGGACACCGAUCCCCCUCUGGAUCAGUGAGGAUGAGGAAGAGAUUGUGUGUGUUGGGUCCGUGGAGGAGCUGAAGAAGCUGUCUGGUGUAGAGGUCAAGGACCUUCACAGAGAAUCAGUGGAUCAUAUCACCAUUCCAUCUAAGAUGGGAAAAGGAGUUUUGAGACGCACCCUAGAGGUGUUUGACUGUUGGUUUGAGAGUGGGAGCAUGCCCUAUGCCCAAGUCCAUUACCCGUUUGAGAGGAAGAAAGAGUUUGAUGAUGCGUUUCCUGCCGACUUCAUUGCAGAAGGAAUAGACCAGACCAGGGGAUGGUUCUAUACCUUGCUUGUACUCUCCACACUUCUGUUUGGAAAGCCCCCAUUCAAGAAUCUCAUCGUCAAUGGAAUAGUGUUGGCUGAGGAUGGAAAUAAGAUGAGCAAAAGAUUAGACAAUAUAAAGAACUACCCAGUUAUAAAUCCAAUGCUGAUAGUCCACAAAUAUGGUGCUGAUGCACAAAGGAUGUACCUGUGUAACUCCCCGGCCGUGAAGGCUGAGGGUCUGAAGUUUAAGGAGGAAGGGGUAGAAAGAGUGCUUAAGGACGUCUUCCUGCCUUGGUACAAUGCUUACAGGUUCUUCAUGCAGAACGUUGACAGAUAUCAAACAGAAGAGGGAUUAGAAUUUUUGUACAAUGAGAACAAGAUGACUAAACGAGCCAACUACAAGGACCGGUGGAUUAUGUCACUGGCUCAGUCACUCAUCAAGUUUGUCAGGGUGGAAAUGCAAGCCUAUCGCCUGUACACAGUAAUGCCUAGACUUGUCAAGUUUGUAGAUCAGCUCACCAACUGGUAUGUCAGAAUGAACAGAAAGAGGCUAAAGGGAGAGGGUGGCCAAGAUGACUGUAGGGAGGCCCUGGAAACUCUUUUCUCUGUACUGAUGACCAUGAUCAGGCUUAUGUCUCCGAUGAUUCCAUACAUAACAGAGCACAUGUUCCAGAACCUGAGGAAGCUGAUAGACCCCGAGUCGGUGGGAGCUCAGGACAUACGUAGUGUCCACUUCCUCAUGAUUCCAUCCUACCGUGAAGAUUUCAUUGAUACCAGCAUAGAGACAGCAGUUGCCCGUAUGCAGUCUGUCAUUGAACUGGGGCGAGUGACCAGGGAGAGAAAUACAUUACCCCUCAAGUACCCCCUCAAAGAGGUGGUUGCCAUCCACCGCGACCCCCAGGCCUUAAACGACAUCAAGUCCCUCCAAUCGUACAUCAUGGAGGAGCUGAACGUCAGAGAGGUCAAGGUCACUCAGGACAAAUCCAGUUACGGAGCACAUCUAGUAGCCGAGGCAGAUUUCAAAACAUUAGGAGUCAAGUUGAAGGGAGCUGUGAAGACAAUUUCUAAAGCUGUUAAGGAACUAACCGAUGGUCAGCUUGAAGAGUUCCAGAUGACAGGAAAGAUAACUGUUGCUGGACAUGAAUUGGUAGAGGGAGACCUUAAAUUGAUGUACAAGUUUGACAGUUCAAAGGAAGGAGCUAAAAGUUCAUAUGAUGCCCAUUCUGAUAAAGAGGUGUUGGUACUACUAGAUAUAGUCCCCGACCAGAGUAUGCUGGAUGAAGGAGUAGCGAGAGAAGUCAUAAACAGAGUCCAGAAACUACGGCAAAAGGGAGGUUUGGUCCCAUCAGACAAGAUCACAGUGUAUUACAAGGCCUCCGAGAAUCUGGAGAAGAUAAUCCAGGAGUUUAAUGACUACAUCUGUAAUGCCAUAAAACAGCCCUUCUUACCAUUCCCUGUGGCACCCUCAGAAACCGUCUUCCUCCAGGAGGCCAUGAAUGUGAAAAAGGACAAACUAGAGAUGGCCAUAGUAAAACAGGAUGAGUCCAGUGGUCCUAGUGAGGCUGUCAGCUUCCUUCCUCCUGCCCCAGCCAACGGGGCCCCAUUCUGUAGGUUUGUGAAUGCUGUCCUGGUGGGGAUGCCCUCGCAGGAGGGAGUGGAGGGGAACCAGGCCACCGUCCUUCUAGAAAACCCCGCAGGAAAUGUGGUGCCAGAUCUUCAACAGCUGACUGAUCAGAUCAAAGCAGUAUUUGGAGUUAGGGGAAGACGAGUCCAUCUAUACACAGACUCUGGACUGAAAAAUGAACUCCAAGCUACCACUAAACCAGAAACCUUGGCAAGUCAAACGUUAUACGUGGCGCCCAUGGCAGGGGCACAAGGCGUCAACUACACAGCAAUGGCCACACCAGUAUGUCAUUUUGUGAAUGUGGAAUAUUCAAAGGGAGGCAAUAAAAAAGGGACACUACUCUUAGAAAAUCCAAGGGGAAAUAAUCUGAAUUUGGAGCAACUACUUGCACAGACAGCAGCUGUGUACAGUCUGAAUGGCAAGAAUGCAGUGCUAAGUCGGACGAAGGAUAAGUCAGGAGCCUUAAUUGCUGAUAAUACAAAGAAUAUAACAGAUUUACAUGGCUCAACGCUUCAACUUCUAGUGUAACGACAGUCAUAGCUAGACCUUAUUGACUUUAGGAGGAACAGAAAUAAUUGCAUUAUUUAUUUUAAGUUAAUGACUACAUGUAACAUAUAAUGAAAGACUGCGGAAUUGAAAUAUAUACAU